GCCUCCCCGGCAGUCACUGACCCGCCGUCGUGGCCGGCGUGCCGUGCCGCCCAUGACGCCGAUACCUGUGCGUUGAGUGUGUGGGGCGGAGGGGGGCGCUAUCGGCGGCCGUCUCGGGGCCGCCGGCGGGGCGCCCGGCCAACCAUUGACGCGCGCUGCUCGGUGCUGGUCGGUCAGCUCGUCGGAGGCGCUGCCCUGGGCCGCGCAGUCCUUCUGGAGCGACCCCCGCCGGAGUCGGACGCCGCCCCUCCCCCUGUCCCCUCCCUGCACCCCGCCCACCCCUCGCCGACGACCGGCCCACCUGCCCCCGAGCCGUGAGCGCCGCGCCAGCUGCAGACCGUCACACCGAGAACCGGAAUUCACCUGGCUGACGAAGAUGGGUCUCACCAGAAUGAUGCUGGUGACAGCCGUGGUGAUGGCUCUUCUAACGGCGCGCGCGUCGGCAGGCCACUGCCGCUGGUACGGAAUCUGCGGUACCCACGCCACCAUCAUGGGCUCCCACUCCAACUGUCCCUAUGAAGGACCGGCCAAGCUGCUCAACGACACCAAGUCGCUCACCACGCUGAAAGACAUCUGUCCCUUCUUCUGGGAGGGGAAAGACCCUGACGAGGAGCUGGAGCUCUGCUGUGACCCGGUCAACAUCGCCGAAAUGGAGGCCUCGUUGGUGCUGGCCUCCUCGCAGCUGGUCCGCUGUCCCACGUGCUACUACAACUUCCGCAGGUCUAUCUGCGAGAUGUCCUGUUCGCCCAACCAGUCCGACUUCAUUGACGUUACAGAAACGGCCGUCGACGCAACAAAUAACGAGACGUACCUGGUGCGCGUAUCGUACUACAUCCACGAGAACUACACCCACGGCGUGUACGACACGUGCUCCGGCGUGCAGAACGCGCAGACCAACUCGCCCGCGUUCGGCACCAUGUGCGGCGAGUGGGGCUGGUACCUGUGCACGCCAGAAAGGCUGUACGACUUCAUGGGCCACAACACGUACGCUCCGUUCAUGAUCGACUACGUCUACGGCAAGGACGGCAUGGACGUGGCGCCGUUCAAGUUCCUCAACCCGCCCAUCAUCUCGUGCAACAGCAGCAUCACAAACCCGUUCGGAAAGUCGAUCGACGCGUGCAGCUGCACGGACUGCGUGCAGUCGUGUCCGGUGCUGCCGCCGCUGCCGGCGCCCAGCGGACCGUGGAUGGUGGGCGCCGUCUACGGCACCGUGGUCGUCAUGGUGGCCGUGUUCGCCGUGAUGACACUGCUGCUGAUCGUCUGCGUCAGUCUCUGGGAGCGCCGCAGGACCGCCUCCCACUUUGAGAAUAGCGCACCGAAGCUGGCCGACGGCUAUGAGGUGGACAUCGGCGAGCCGUCGCGAAUGGAGCGUUGGGGCGCCAUCACCGACCGCACCCUCGUCAACCUCUUCACACACGUCGGAACGUUUUUCGCCCGUCAUCCGGUGCCUACGCUGAUCGUCGGCCUGCUGGUGUCGGUGGGGCUGUCGGUGCCGGCCAUCUACCUGGAGAUCAUCACCGACCCCACGGAGCUGUGGGCGGCGCCCACCAGCCGCUCCCGGCUCGAAAAGGACUACUACGACCAACAGUUCGGCCCUUUCUACAGAACCGAGAUGCUCAUCAUCCGCGCUAAGGGCCUCGAUCCGAUUGACCACAAUACCAGUUUGGGCAUCCAGCACUUUGGACCUGCCUUCGACAGAGAGCUGCUCCGAGACGUUAUGAAGCUGCAGAACCACAUCUCAGACGAGAUCACGGGCCAGUACAAGAAUGAGACGGUGCGUUUGGAGGACAUUUGUUUCCGUCCGAUGCUGCCGGACAUCACCCGAUGCGCCACCCAGUCGGUGGGCGAGUACUUCCAGGACGACCCUGACAACCUCAACUACACGACAACCGACUCGGCCGGCUUCGAGGUCAACUACCUGGACCAUGUGCGCUACUGCCUGCUCUCGCCCACCGAGCAGUUCGACUCGGCCUACAACUACUUGCCGUGCAUGUCGACGUGGGGCGGGCCAAGCUUCCCGUACACUGCCGUCGGCGGCUUUCUGGAGCCGGGUCAGAUGCUGGACGCGGACGUGCACUACCAGAACGCCACGGCACUGCUGGUCACCUUCCUGGUGCACAACACGCAAGACCCCGAGCAGCUCGGCCGCGCCAUGGCAUGGGAGAAGGCGUUUUUGGACUAUAUGGUGAACUACGAACACCCGAACAUGGAUAUAGCCUACUACACAGAGCGCUCCAUCGAGGACGAGAUCGCGCGCGAGUCCGAAACCGACACCGUCACCGUGCUCAUCUCCUACGUCAUCAUGUUCAUCUACAUCAGCAUUGCACUCGGCCAGUACAACAGCUGCUCCAGCCUGCUGGUGGACAGUAAGGUGACACUCGCUCUGGGCGGCGUCAUCAUAGUCAUCUUCUCCGUGCUGGCCUCGCUGGGCGUGUACGCGCUGAUCGGCGUCGCCGGAACCCUGAUCGUCAUCGAGGUGAUCCCGUUCCUUGUGCUGGCCGUCGGCGUGGACAACAUCUUCAUUCUGGUGCAGGCGUACCAGCGCGACAGCCGCCAGCCCGGCGAGAGCAUCGAGGAGUUUGUCGGCCGCGUGGUGGGCCGCGUGGCGCCCUCCAUGCUGCUCUCGGCCUCAUCGGAAUCCAUCUGCUUCUUCCUCGGGGCUCUGAUCGACAUGCCGGCGGUGCGCGUGUUCGCGCUAUUUGCCGGCCUCUCGUUGCUGUUCGACUUCCUGCUUCAAAUCUCUUGCUUCGUGGCGCUGCUCACCCUGGACGCUAAAAGACAGGAUGCCAACCGGUUCGAUAUUGUGUGCUGCGUGCGCGCUUCCAAGAAGCCGGAGACUCCCCAGGAGCCCAUCUUGUACCGAGUGUUCAACGGCUUCUACGCACCGGCGCUGAUGAACACGGGUGCGCGCGGCGUUGUGCUGCUUGUGUUCCUCGGCUGGUUGUGCUCCAGUUUCGCCGUGGUGCCCUACAUCGACGUCGGACUGGACCAGGAGCUCUCUAUGCCGCUCGACUCGUAUAUGCUCAAAGUGUUUAAGUACCAGCAGGAUUAUCUCAGUGUCGGCCCGCCCGUCUACUUUGUGAUCCGGGACGGCGUCAACUACUCCGAGACGACCGUGCAAAACCGCAUAUGUUCCACCGUCAACUGUGAUAGCAAUUCGAUCGGCACUCAGAUCACCCUGGCAGCUCAACAGCCCGCCAGAACGUACGUAGCCACGGCCGGCAGUAACUGGAUCGACGACUACUUUGACUGGUGCAUUUACGGCUACAACGAGGGCGUCUCUAACUACGCCGGCUGCUGCUGGGAGAACAUGACUGGCGGCGCCUUCUGUCCCUCGUACACAAUCGACUACAGCACCUGCCAGCCGUGUGCCAUGACGUUCAACGACGACUACAGUCGGCCGGACCAGGAGUCGUUCUCAAAAUACAUCGACUUCUUCCUCAACGACAACCCCGGAAUGAACUGCCCCAAGGGAGGGCAUGCCGCCUAUCACGACGCGGUGGUGACGACUCGCCUGGAGGACGGCUCCACGCACAUCGGCGCCUCCUACUUCAUGGCCUACCACACCAUCCUCAAGGUGUCGCAGGACUUUUACGGCGCUCUCGAGUGGGCCAGGAAGAUCACCGACAAGAUGACCGAGGCGCUGAACGCCGUUACCGGAGGCACCGACCCGCAGCAGGUGUUCCCCUACAGCGUGUUCUACGUGUACUACGAGCAGUACCUGACCAUGUGGCCGGACGUGAUGCGCUCGCUGGGCAUCUCUGUGGCCACCAUUUUCGUGGUGACGUUCCUGCUGAUGGGUCUGGACCUGCACUCGGCGCUCAUCGUACUCGUCAUGAUCGUCAUGAUCAUCACCAACCUGGGCGGCAUCAUGUACUGGUGGGACAUCUCGCUCAACGCCGUCUCGCUCGUCAACCUCAUCAUGGCGGUGGGCAUCUCUGUCGAGUUCUGCAGCCACAUCACCCGCGCGUUCGCUGUCUCACUGAAACCCAACCGCACCGAGCGAGCCAAGGAAGCGCUCACCAGCAUGGGCUCCUCGGUUCUCAGCGGCAUCACUCUGACAAAAUUCGGAGGAAUUAUUGUACUUGGGUUUGCUAAGUCGCAAAUCUUCCAGAUCUUCUACUUCCGAAUGUACCUGGGCGUGGUGCUGGUCGGGGCGACCCACGGACUCAUUCUUCUACCGGUGGUGCUCAGCUACGUCGGCCCGUCCGUGAACCGGUCCUCGCUGAAGGCGGCGCGCGAGGCAGAGGGCCUCGCCAAGAAGGCACGCGAUGCCGAGGCUGCUGCAGAUAUGAAGGCGCGCGCUGCCGCCGGACUCGCGAAGGAGUCGCCCCAGAGCCGCGGGCCGCACAACAAUCAGCCCACGGAGCACACCAACCUGUGAUCGACCUGCUCAUCUGACCCGACCUCGCCGCUCGGCCGCCCGGGCGCGGCCCCGGGCGGACGCCUGAUGGACAGACUAUUUAUACUGGUGUACUCGUAACCGAAUGUGAUUAUCGAACGUGUAUUUAAUCUGACGUGCCACGUGAGGGCCGUGGUCGGUGAAAUGUAUAACUUGACUCAUAGUGCGUAAUAAACUGAUCAGUGCAAUA